AUGUCGCAACAAUUAGAAUUACUAACAGAGAGUCCAUCACAAUGGACCCCAGUAUCAUUUGUUACUCCAGAAAUACAGAAGAAAGAAAUUAAACCAUUUGUUUUGUUGGCCCUAAAAGAAUUAGAAGGCAACCCAGAUAGCCGAACAUCCAGCUUACAAAAUGUCAAUAAGUUUGCUGCAGUUAGGUCUGUUGUAAGGCAUGUAGCCAGACUAAGAUCAGCCACUAAGGAGCCUUGGAAUGCAGAUGAUAUACAUAUAUUUUUAGAAGGAAUUAGAUUUUCACCAGAAUGUGCAGCGGAGUUGACAACAUUGUUGUGCACAGAUAAAAUAUAUGAGAACAUACCUAGGCAUUUGAGGGUUAAGCCUGGAUUAGUUAAUUUACAAUGGAAAAUUGAUGUUUCAUUAAGCCAAUCCAACAUUGAAGCAGAAAGCGCUAAUUCUCAAAGAACCAAGGAAAUUCUUUACCGAGAUACACAAAUUAUAUUAAUUUUCACUUUAACAGAUGGACAGAUAAAUACAUACAGAUUAUCUAUAAAAUCGUUG